AUGGAUCCGCCUCGACGACCUAUACGCAUCGGCAAUUGCUCCGGCGCCAUCAACGACGGCAUAGAUCAGAUAUACCGCCUGGCCAAGUACGGCAAUGUGGACGCCAUCACAGCCGACUACCUGGCAGAGUUCAACAUCGCCUGGAAGGCGAUCGAGCUUCAGACACAGCCAGAGCUAGGAUAUGAGCCAAACUUUCUCGAGCAGCUCGCCUGGCACAACGGCGACGCAGCGCGCCUCGUCGCUGAGAAAGGCAUCAAAAUCGUCCACGAUGGCGGAGCCCUGAACCCGCGGGGCCUCGCCGAUAAGACGCACGCGUACUUUGAGAGCCUUGGCAUCCGCGACGUCAAGGUCGCCUGGGUAAGCGGCGACAAUGUGACCGAUGCCGUCAAACGCGGCGCGUUCGGGCGAGUCAUGCAUCUCGACCAGCCCGGCGUCGAGUUUGAUCCGCACUCGCAGGGUGAGGAUCUCCUCGCGGCCAACGCCUACACGGGCAUGGCUGGCAUCGUGCGUGCGCUGGAGCUCGGCGCCGACAUCAUCAUCUGCGGGAGGUGUACUGACGCGAGUCCUGUGAUGGGGCUCGCGGCGUGGUGGCAUGGAUGGAAGGCCACAGAUUGCGAUGUGCUUGCUGCGAGUCUUAUGGCCGGGCAUUUGAUCGAAUGCGGGCCGUAUGUGACGGGAGGAAACUACUGCGGUCAGCGCGAGGUGCCGGAUCUCCAUCACGCCGGGUUCCCCAUCACGGAGAUCGGAGCCGACGGCAGCAUUGUCAUCACGAAGCCGGAGGGUUCUAAUGGGUUGGUGUCUGUUGACACUUGCAAGGCGCAGCUGCUCUAUGAGAUUCAGGGCGUCUACUAUCUCAACCCGGAUGUCAUAGCCGAUAUCGAGCAGGCAACUUUCAUACAGUUGGGUAAGGAUCGUGUUCGACUAUUAGGUGUGAGGGGUUUGCUGCCCCCGUCUACGGCCAAGCUGUCCAUCUGCUUGAUGGGAGGGUAUCAAGCCGAGAUAUCGGCGUAUGCGACUGGCUUAGACACAGAUUUCAAGUUCGAGGUACUCAAAAGCCAGGUUCUUGGCCAGAUCACUCAGUCCGACUUCACGAUGUUCAGCAUCGAAAGAUACGGUUCAUCAGUGACAGAUCCACAAUCACAAAAGCUAUGCACAACGCAGUUUCGCAUGUUUGCACAGUCUCGGACAAAAGAAGCGUUUGAGCAGUUCAAGAGGGCCAUCUUCUACAAUGGCUUGCAAGGCUACUGCGGUCUUCAUCUAGGUAUGGACUGGAGAACUAUGGAACCGCGGCCGUACAUCAGGUAUUUCCCAGCACUGAUACCACAGUCCCGGAUUCCUCUCGCCGUGGGCUUCGUUGGUGGUGAGACACAACACACCAUCGAGGCACGUCAAGAUGGCGGCACACCCCCUCGACAGCCCAAUUACGAUGCCACGGUGCCGUUGUCGAAAGUACCGCUGUCCAGGACAGUAAAGAGACCGCUAGGGGACCUCGUCUUUGCGCGGAGUGGCGACAAGGGAGGUAACGCCAAUGUGGGCUUCUGGGUACGCAACGCUUCAGCGUGGCCGUGGCUGCAGGCUUUCAUGACACGACGGAGGCUUAUCGAGCUGCUGGGAGACGACUGGCAAGCUCGCUACGUGGUGGAAAGGUGCGAGUUCCCAGGGCUCUGGGCGGUUCACUUUGUGAUCAAGGGGAUCUUACAGGAGGGCGUUAGCAGCAGCAGCGUGCUCGAUGGGUUUGCGAAAAGCCUAGGGGAGUUUCUACGUGCCAGAGUUGUCGGCCUGCCGGUUGACUUGGUCAGGGUUGAGGAUGAUCGCCGGCCACGCGCGUUUGAAAGCCGUGCCCGAUCAUCAAGACCAGUAAAGAACGCAUCUGGCCGCUACGACAAUGUCGAUUUCCGGAAAGCAGCCGGCUACGAACAUCCCCCGAUCAAGUGCGCCUACAACCGCCGUGAUGUUCUACUCUUUGCCAAUGCCAUCGGCUGUCAGAAGGAAGAGUUGCAUUUCCUCUAUGAGCUGCACCCAAACUUUGCCGCCUUUCCCACGUUUCCAAUCAACCUCGCCUUCAAGCAAACGGAUCAAGAUGUCUUUGACUUUAUUGCCCGCACCGUGACCGGUCACGUCCCGGGCUGUCCGCCAUUCGACGCCCAGCGUUCAGUGGAUGGGGAGCGAGGCAUUGAGAUCCUCCGCCCCAUCCCCGUAUCGUCAGAUGGACUUGACUUGGAGGAAAUCUCGAAACACAAUGCUAACUCGCCUAUAGGCGGCGCAAUGAUUCUCGAAGCAGAACAGCUGCUGGUCGACAAGAAGACCAACAAGGCUUACACCAAGAUGACAUCCACCGCAUUCGGCAUAGGACAAGGCGGCUAUAACGGCCCCCGGGGCCCGACAAAGUCGGUUGUAAAAGCACCGGAGCGCGCCCCGGACGCCGUGCACAUCAUCAAGACCACCCCGGAGGCGGCUCUUCUAUAUCGCCUCUGCGGCGACUACAACCCGCUUCACGCAGAUGAGGCCUUUGGACAGCGCGCCGGGUUCCAAGGGUCUAUCCUCCAAGGUUUAGGCACCUGGAACAUGGCUGCUCACGGUCUGCUACAGAAGCUGGGCGGCAGCGACCCAAGUCGUUUUAAAGCUUACGGGGCUAGAUUCAAGAGUGUCGUUUAUCCCGGAGACACCCUCGAGACGCGCAUGUGGGUUGUCAAGAGCGGAGGCGGGGUGGACGAUGUUGUCUUUGAGACGAUUGUGAAGGAUGAGGGACGAGUUGCUUUGUAA